UGACGUCGCGCCAGUGCCGGGGAGCUCAUAAAUACAAUCCACACUCCCAGCUCAACACAGCCCAAUUCAUGAAAAUGGUCACCAGCUACACCGUCUGCACGCCUCAGAGAGCUCUGGAUAACUGAGUCACACCCCCCCAGCGCCCGCGAUAAUCCGCCAUCGAUCCAUCGCGAUGCGACUUUUCCUCAUCCCGAUAUCGACCAGGCGGACUUUGCUCUACUGCCAGAAGACCACUGGAGGGGUGGCGACGCAACUGAGCGUCAUUGAUCGGAUUACAAAUAAAGCCGCUGUUACCUGGGUGCAAUGGGAAGAGGCGGAACAGGGCUGGAAAAAAGCACUGACUACUUACGGCCAUCGCGUGCUUCAAAAAAUUCCCUACGAGGAAUGGGGACUCAAAAGUGUACCACCAUUGAGUGCAAAGAGGGAGGCUCAGGAGCUGAAGUCGCACAGUCCGGUUGAACUGCUUUACCCCGGAAAUGUGAUCCACCAGAGCAGGAUACUUGGGACGCUGAGAAAACUGGCAACCGAAAGGCAGGAUUUACACCGGAGAAGAAUGUGGUGGAGCCUGGGUGUGGCCCCGCUAACAGCGCCUAUUGCCUUGAUUCCAUUAAUACCAAACAUACCCUUUUUCUACCUGGCAUACAGGGGCUGGUCCCACUGGAGAGCCUUGAAUGGUUCCAAGCAUCUUGAGUUUUUACUUGACAACCACCUCGUUAAUCCGACCUCCCUCCCCGGACUCGAGGACCUCUAUUCGCGACACCAAGGACUCCUGCCCAAACUCCCACCGGAUGAAACUCCAGUUGUGGAUGAGAAAAGUGGAUCAAACCAACAGCCCCAGGACGAUCCACCCGACGAGACAAUCCUUCUUGACAUAUCCGAUGGAAAAGAUCUUGCUAAAAUGCUACAAGCUCCAGAGCUUCAUGCAGAAGUCGAGCGAGCUGUCACACAAGUGAGGCAUUUGCUCAAUCUGAAGAAGCAGCCCAAAUGAUAGGAAGAAAAUCCGACGGUUGCCUCUCCUGGAGUGACGCCGUUUGCCAUGUCAAAGAAUAUACC